AAUAAGCUGUCAAACACGUCAAACAGCCAAAACAUUCAGAUUGCCUUUCAAUACAGGCAGCCUUCGCAGCAUAUUUUCCUGGAAAAGUUAGUGAGUUUAGUGAGAAUUUUAAGCUACAACAUUCAACCAUGGUAGACGAAAGCACCAGAAAAACGCUGAGCAGCAUUCCACUCCUGCAAACAAAAGCAGGCCCUCGGGACAAGGAGCUCUGGGUCCAGCGACUGAAAGAAGAGUACCAAGCACUGAUCAAGUACGUGCAAAACAAUAAAUCGUCCGAUUCGGAUUGGUUCCGGCUGGAGUCGAACAAGGAGGGCACCAAGUGGUUCGGCAAGUGUUGGUACGUCCACAACCUGCUCAAGUACGAAUUCGACGUCGAGUUUGACAUUCCAGUGACCUAUCCAGCGACGGCGCCGGAAAUUGCACUACCGGAACUAGAUGGCAAAACCGCUAAGAUGUAUCGAGGUGGGAAAAUCUGCCUAACGGACCAUUUUAAACCGCUGUGGUCACGGAAUGUGCCCAAAUUUGGAAUAGCACAUGCAAUGGCCCUUGGGCUCGCACCUUGGCUGGCGGUUGAAAUACCGGAUUUGAUAGAGAAAGGAGUUGUCGCUUACAAGGAAAAGGGAGAAACUUCCAGUUAAAUAUGACGUUAUUAUGUGUUUUGCGAUGCUGUAUUUUUUUGUUCAAAAUGCGUAUGCUGAAAAGAAUGUACUCAUGUUUUGCCCAAAA